CAACUUGUUCUCAACGUCUCAAUGUCAACGGCGACGCACACCGCCCCAGGCUUUGUGUGCCUCGAGCGUGGGAGAAGGAGAUGACAGCAGUGUCGGACGAUGUGCAGGACAGGUGUGGCGAGGGCGAGAAGGCUUGGAAGUCGAAGUACUUGCUCACGCGAGCUAACACGACGAGCGAACACAUCCGCUCACCUCAGAGCACACAGACGUAGCGCUAUCAACCUUCCGCCUACUUGCCCGCUCACUGACUCAUCCACCGGCCUCCCGAACACCCGCCCGUUCGAUUGCUUGCUCAACCGUCCCCUCAUUCACCAGUUUUCUCACUCGCCGUCGCGCAUGCACGCUCACUUGUUCGCUCGUUGCUUUUCCUGGCCACUCGGCCGGUCGCCUGCGUGCCCGUCACGUCAUGCAUUUAUGCAUUGCGAAUGAAUAGAAGGGUGUGUGAGCUGUUCAGUAUGUAACUAUCUCGUCCACGUCUCGUCCAUGCGCAGCCCACACGCAACUUUGGCCGGUGCAUGUCUUCGCUCCUCGAAUAAAGCUGGUGCUCAGGGUGCAUUGUAUUCCAUAUGAUAGGGAGACUACAGUAGUGUACGGUACAAUGACGGUGCUAGCUUUAGUCCGCAUGUGGGGAAUACGUUCAUAUUUUGCCUCGGUUUCGUUUUCCUUCAAUUUCGUGCAGGUAAGUCAGGGAAUUCGCAGCCCGCCUGUGCGCGAUUUUUGACCCUGGGGCCUUGCGUUAUGGAACUCGCUGCAA